UAGAAAAUGAUGAAAGAUAAUAAUUUGGUGAGACACUUGGAUGCUUGUGAAACAAUGGGCAAUGCAACAGCCAUUUGCUCAGAUAAAACUGGAACGUUGACCAUGAACAGAAUGACAGUAGUGCAGGCUUUUGUCAGUGAAAAACAUUAUAAAAAAAUUCCAGAACCAGAUGCUAUUCCUGAGAAAACUCUGGCUCAUCUUGUAACAGGAAUUUCUGUUAAUUGUGCUUAUACUUCCAAAAUACUGCCUCCUGAAAAAGAAGGUGGCCUACCACGUCAUGUUGGUAAUAAAACAGAAUGUGCCUUGCUAGGAUUGCUGCUGGAUUUAAAACGAGAUUAUCAGGAUGUAAGAAAUGAAAUACCAGAAGAGGCACUGUACAAAGUAUACACCUUCAACUCAGUCAGAAAAUCAAUGAGUACGGUGUUAAAAAAUUCUGAUGGCAGUUUUCGGAUAUUCAGCAAGGGUGCCUCUGAGAUAGUUCUUAAAAAGUGCUUCAAAAUAUUGAGUGCUAAUGGUGAACCAAAGGCAUUCAGACCUAGGGACCGUGAUGAUAUUAUAAAAACUGUGAUUGAACCUAUGGCCUCUGAGGGACUCAGAACUAUAUGUCUAGCAUUCAGAGACUUCCCAGCAGGAGAACCUGAGCCAGAGUGGGACAAUGAAAAUGAUAUUGUCACUGGUCUUACAUGCAUUGCUGUUGUAGGGAUUGAAGAUCCUGUGAGGCCUGAGGUACCAGAUGCAAUAAAAAAAUGCCAACGUGCUGGUAUAACUGUGCGUAUGGUCACUGGUGAUAACAUUAACACUGCUCGUGCUAUUGCUUCAAAGUGUGGCAUUUUGAAUCCUGGUGAAGACUUCAUAUGCCUAGAGGGGAAAGACUUCAACAGACGAAUACGUAAUGAAAAAGGAGAGAUAGAGCAAGAGCGAAUAGAUAAGAUUUGGCCAAAGCUUCGUGUGCUUGCUAGAUCUUCACCCACUGACAAACACACAUUGGUAAAAGGUAUAAUUGACAGCACUGUCUCAGAGCAGAGACAAGUUGUAGCUGUAACUGGAGAUGGCACUAAUGAUGGUCCAGCACUGAAGAAAGCAGAUGUUGGCUUUGCCAUGGGUAUUGCUGGAACAGAUGUAGCUAAAGAAGCUUCUGAUAUUAUUCUCACAGAUGAUAACUUCACAAGCAUUGUUAAAGCAGUUAUGUGGGGACGAAAUGUUUAUGACAGUAUCUCCAAAUUUCUUCAGUUCCAGCUUACUGUCAAUGUUGUAGCAGUAAUUGUUGCGUUCACAGGAGCAUGUAUUACACAAGAUUCUCCACUUAAAGCUGUGCAGAUGUUGUGGGUAAAUCUCAUAAUGGACACAUUAGCAUCUCUUGCUCUGGCAACGGAACCACCUACUGAAUCUCUCUUGCUGCGGAAACCUUAUGGUAGAAAUAAACCUCUGAUCUCUCGCACGAUGAUGAAGAAUAUUUUGGGUCAUGCAGUCUAUCAACUUGUGGUAGUCUUUACACUCCUGUUUGCUGGUGAGAGAAUUUUUGAUAUUGAUAGUGGAAGAAAUGCACCUCUGCAUGCUCCUCCUUCAGAGCAUUACACUAUUGUUUUUAAUACGUUUGUGAUGAUGCAACUUUUUAAUGAAAUCAACGCCCGGAAAAUCCAUGGUGAGAGAAAUGUUUUUGAAGGAAUCUUCAACAAUGCCAUCUUCUGUAUUAUUGUUCUGGGCACGUUUAUUGUGCAGAUAAUUAUUGUACAGUUUGGUGGGAAACCUUUCAGUUGCUCAGAACUUACAAUAGAACAUUGGCUAUGGUCCAUUUUCCUGGGAAUGGGAACACUACUCUGGGGCCAGCUAAUCUCAACAAUUCCAACCAGCCGUUUGAAAUUUCUUAAAGAAGCUGGGCAUGGAACACAGAAGGAGGAGAUUCCUGAAGAAGAGUUUUCAGAAGAUGUAGAAGAGAUUGAUCAUGCUGAAAGAGAACUGCGUCGUGGUCAGAUCUUGUGGUUUAGGGGCCUGAACAGGAUACAAACCCAGAUGGAUGUAGUGAAUGCUUUCCAGAGUGGAAGUACCAUUCAGGGGGCUCUAAGGCGGCAACCGUCCAUCGCCAGCCAGCAUCAUGAUAUCCGAGUGGUGAAUGCAUUUCGUAGUUCCUUAUAUGAAGGGUUAGAAAAACCUGAGACACGAAGUUCAAUUCACAAUUUUAUGACGCAUCCUGAGUUUAGAAUAGAAGAUUCUGAGCCUCAUAUUCCCCUUAUUGAUGAUACUGAUGCUGAAGAUGAUGCUCCAACAAAACGCAACUCCACUCCUCCCCCUUCUCCCAACAAAAAUAACAAUGCAGUUGACAGUGGAAUUCACCUUACAACAGACAUGAACAAGUCUGCUACCUCUUCAUCCCCAGGGAGCCCACUACAUAGUUUGGAAACAUCACUCUGAUUGUAAGCUGAAUGUUAACACACUAGCUCCAUUGUAAAGAAACAAAUUGAAACUGGGUCUUUUCACACAUUGUGAUGGACAAGAUAGUAGUCUUGUCCUGGACUUCAACAGAAGACACUUGUACGAGUGUAGAUUUAUUUUUUUAAAAAAGCUUUCUGCCAGACUUGAGGGCGCUUUUGGGGGGCGGGGAUAAUAAUGAACUCUGACAGAUAAACGGUAACUCGGCAUAAGUGACCUGCGGAUCAUCAGUUGUACUUAAUGGUCCUGAACAGUGUGUUAGAACUUUAGUUUAUCUUGAUCCUUUUGAGGGAAGGGCUGGGAAGGGCAAAGAAGCCCUGGAUCAUUGAAUUGAUACUUAAAUUUCUGCUGUUGGCUGUUAAUAAUUUGGAUUAUUUAUGUUUAUAAAUGAUACAGAUCUGUUUACAAGGUUUGUAGAUACUUUUUUGUUCCUGUUCUUAGAUGGGAAGCUUCCUUAUAAAUGAUGCAGAGAAAAAAAUUAGUCCUUCAAAUACUGCUGUAUUUUCUGGAAAAGGAUGUUUCUAUUGAAACUACUAAAUUUUGCCUGCAAUUUACUUUGUUAAAUAUUGUAGAUAAAUUGCUAAUACUAAUAGCCAAAUAGAUAACACUAAUGCUUUGUAAAAACAUGAGCAGUGGUGUUCUAAUGAAGUUAUGGCCUCUGUCCUAAUUAGUUUCUUAAAUACAUUUACUACUUAAUGGUUUUGAAACAACUGUUUAAUUUUUAAAAAUUUUGAGAAACUUACUGAAUAACUUUUUUGUUCAGAAUUUAGUAGAGGAUUGUUUAAUGCGGGACAUCAAUGUGUGAUGGAACUUGCUUGAAAUACUUUUGUUAUCUCAGGCAAAAUGGAUUAAAUCAAAAUACAUCAGAACCUUAGUCCUUUUUGUUUUUGUCUAAACAUGUUAGCAUAGUGCUGUCUUGGUGAAUUGUGAGUGGAACUGUUGAUUUUUCUUAUAUAUAGAAUCCUUCAUACAGCAUGAGGGCUGUUGGCAUUUUGAAAGGUUGUUAGUAGGUAGCAUACCUGUUUUCCUUUUUGUUUUUGGAAUUUGUUUGUAAACAUGAAUAAAUCUGCCCUUUUAUUAAAAUAAAUAUGCAGCGAUGGUUUUUUACAGAUUUUUCUCAGCUUCAUUGGAUCCCUUAAAAAGGUAGACUGCUUUAUAUUGCUAGUAAAAUUAAACUACAAUUUCAAGAUGGUAACAGCCCCAUUUAAAAAGCACUUUUAUAAAUCAGAUGUUGGUGACGGCCCUACAGAAUGGAUGUAAGUUAAGGCACCCAAAAAAAUCUUCAUUGAGUCAAAUACUUCUGGGUGACUGUGGCUGAAAAAUUAUCUCAGGGUGAAAAGACGUAAUGUGAAUAGUAAAUGUCUUUUUUCAUUUACAUAACUUACUGUAUUAAACCCUUCAAAAUCUGAAUAAAAUCAGGUUAGCUCACAUGGGGUAGCUGACAAGUUGAUUGCAUGUUCUUAGUUAAGCAGUAGUUUUUGGCACGAAAAAAUGACCUGCUAGCCACUGAGUGAGUAACAGUCACAUUGUCUCCACCAGUUGGAUUAUUGUUCUACCAAACAUUCCCCCACCCCAGAAUCCCAUUCUUCCAUAGCUUUCCCCGUCUGCAUGUAACUUUUUCACCUUUACCUGUCUUCUAUUUUGUUUUUAGCCAGUGGAAUUCAGGGUGAGUGUCCUGAUAUUCACUAGCUCAGAUAAGUAGUCCAGAUAUAGACAUGGUUGACUGGGGGAGACCGCCUACAUCCCUAAAGAUAGUGUUUUCCUUUGAGCUAUGGUAGCAGGUACCAUCAGGGUUCAAACUAUUAAAUCAGUUUUGAAAGCUGUUGUAGAUUUUCAUAAGUGCUGCACUAGCCACACAAGGGAUCCUAGUGUAUGUCUGAACCCUGACGGUAGACACCAAUUUCCCACAUGGUAGAGGAGUGCAUAAACUUGAAGGAAUCAGGCUAGUAAUGACAGGAAAGAGGGGAAAAAAUCUAAAAGCUCAGGAUGCAGAAGAAAUUGAGUUAAAAGGCAUUACUCUUAAGGUGAGAAGACUGCUCUCUUUUAUGGAUGUGAUUUGUAUAAACUCUCUGGAGUUCUUGGAAAACAAUGAAAAUAUUGCUUGUUAAAACUGAAAAAAAAUUUAGUGGGGGUAAUCAUUCUUGGGGUUUCAAGCACUGUAUCCCACUGUCAACCAUUCUUUAAGCCUUCCGAGAUUUUUUUUUUUCUGUUAUGCCCAUAGACUUGAAAAGAAGGAGGCUUCCUUUCUAGGCACAGGAUAUUUGUAUUUAACUCUUCUUUUAUAUGACAACUUCUCCCAGAGCAUCUUAGAAUACUCAAUGUAACUGGAAAAAAAUAUAAGUUAGGAACUAGGUAGAGUUCUGACUUCAAAUAGGCUCAGAUGUUCUCCCUACCUAGUUCAGAAUAACUUCCUCAAUAAAUGAUAGAUUAAAAUGGAAGGAAGCUGUUUAAGUCUUUUCUUAAAAUGACCCUUCCCGGUGCAAUUGAAAUUGCAUGCUAACCUUUAUCUUAAUUUAAAAUUAAAACUCCCCCCUGCCCCCCCCCCCCCGUCUUAAUGGUGGUCAUGAUUCCAUUAUACCUUUAAAAAAA